AUGGACUACAGAUUGUCAAUGGAGUCCUCAGAAACCCUAAGGAACAAGUGUGGAGGAUGCUAUAGGCAAUUCAACAAGAAGGAACACUUGGUGGAACACAUGAGGAUCUCUUAUCAUUCAGUUCAUGAACCUACUUGUGGCAUUUGCAACAAACAUUGCCGAUCUUUUGACUCCCUCCGUGAACAUCUCAUCGGGCCAUUGCCGAAACAAGAAUGUAAGAACAUUUUCAGCAGCCGUGGCUGUAGAUUCUGUCUUAUAAUCCUUGAAAGCCCCAACGCUCGUAGGAUCCAUCAAGAGAGAUGCCAGCUCUCCAACGUCACUUUGGGAUUAACAACUCGUAUGGCGGCUUUAGGCCUAAGAGACAACCCUACAAUCGACUACACUUCUUCGAGGUCACCUCGAGUGGUCGCACUCUCAUGCAAGAUGGUUGGAGGAGGCAGCGACGGAUCGCUCGACAUAUGCGCAAGGGUUUGCAUUACGGACGAGAGUGAUAACGUUGUGUUCCAUACUUACGUGAAGCCAACGAUGCCCGUAACGAGUUAUAGGUACGAGAUGACAGGGAUACGACCUGAGAAUCUAAGGGACGCAAUGCCACUGAAGCAUGCACAGAGAAAGAUUCAAGAGUUUCUUUGUAAUGGAGAACCAAUGUGGAAGAUUCGUCCAAGAAAUGGGAAAGCAAGGAUUCUCGUUGGACAUGGACUUGAUAACUAUCUUGACUCUCUUCAACUUGAAUAUUCCUCUUCCAUGAUAAGAGAUACUGCGGAAUACCCUCCAUUGAUGAAAUCAAGCAAGUUAAGCAACUCUCUCAAGUACUUAACGCAAGCCUAUCUCGGGUAUGAUAUUCAUGUGGGAAUACAAGAUCCUUAUGAGGAUUGCGUCGCGGCCAUGAGGCUAUACACGAGAAUGCGAUAUCAGAAACACAGGAUCGAUGCUUAUCCGAUAGCCUCAGACCCGCAGAACCGCAACAACUACGGGGCGUGGAGACAGAAUGAGCUAGAGAGGAUGUCUCCACAAGAGUUGCUCGACCUUUCACGUUCAGACUAUUACUGCUGGUGCCUGGACUCGGUCGCUUGA